UCUGGCCGGGCUCGCAGGGCGGAUAGAGCGGAGCUAGCGCGGCGGAGUGGGGCCGCUAUGGGCUCCCAGGCGCUGCAGAUCCUGCGCCAGGGCGUGUGGGCGGCGCUAAGUGGUGGUUGGUAUCAGGACCCGCACCAGGGUGCCGGGGUCAACGCGCUGCACCUGUACCUGUGGCUCUUCCUGCUGGGCUUCCCCUUCACUCUCUACAUGGCCCUUCCUUCUUCAAUGGUGAUAGUAGCAGUCUACUGUCCAGUGAUAGCAGCUCUCUUCAUUGUUCUGAAAAUGGUGAACUACCGUUUGCACAGGGCAUUGGAUGAAGGAGAAAUUGUGGAGAGGAAUGCCAAUGACCAUAUGGACAGGGGUGCAAAAACUGAACAAGGCAAUACUUCAACCAGGAGAACAGACAGCAAUGGGCCCAGUGACCCUGGUGGAGGGAUCGAGAUGUCUGAGUUCAUACGAGAAGCCACUCCCCCAGUUGGCUGCAGUUCACGCAAUUCUUAUGCUGCUCUAGACCCAAACAAUCAGAUUGGAUCAGGAUUAGCUCGCCUUGGAACAGCAGCAACCAUCAAAGGAGAUACUGACACUGCGAAGACUUCUGAUGACAUCAGUUUAAGUCUUGGCCGGAGUUGUAGUCUUUGUAAAGAAGGGAGUGAAGAACAAGAUUUGGCAGCUGAUCAGAAGAUUCUUCAUCUGGUCUCCAAUGACUCCUUUGUCUCCAUCCAGCCUUCGUUAUCCUCUGGACAGGAUUUGCCAAGGGACAACAGUGAUAAAGUGUGCCUCCCUAACAACCACCAUGUGGAUCAGUCUCUAUCUAGUGCAUGUGACACUGAAAUGGCUUCUCUUGUACCUUUGCAUUCCCACUCCUAUAGAAAAGAUCACAGACCACGAGGUGUGCCAAGGACCUCUAGCUCUGCUGUUGCUUUUCCAGAUGCUUCUUUAAAUGACUUUCCUCUCUAUCAACAAAGACGAGGACUAGAUCCAGUCAGUGAGUUGGAAGCUUCCAAACCCCAUUGUGGAUCUAAAGAAUCCUUAGCUGAGAACUCUUGUAUUUCAGGAUUCUUUCAGUUAGAUGACAUCCUGAAAAGUAGCAGCCCCCAGCAGCUGGCCAAGAGUGGGAAGAGCAAAUCUUUGAAAGCAGAGAAAAGCAUGGACAGUCUGAGAAGCCUGAGUGGUAGGAGUAGUGGUUCAACAGAAAGCUAUUGCAGUGGAAUUGAUCGUGACACUAACAGUACCAUCAGUAGCUACAAAAGUGAGCAGACCAGUUCAACUCAUGUAGAAAAUGUGUUGUCAGAGCAUGAGGAGUCUCCUAGAGAAGAGAGCGAGACCAGCAAGAGAGAGGACUGCUGUAUUGACUCAGAGGAUGACAGUAGCUCUGCUACAGAUAAAAGGUCUAGUAGUGAAAGAACUGCUGUAGAAAUGAGCACUAAUAGUGGUGUUCAAGAAACAAAGGAUUCUAACACAUCCGAUGAGAUACACAGUCAAAGGGGUCUUAGUGCCUCUGCUUCAGAAGAAGCUAAUAAGAACCCACAUGCCAAUGAACUGACUACACAAGUAGACAGGCCAUCUGGGAAGGCAGCUGAAACACGAGAUGAUCAGAGUGAGAAAUUGGCUGCCUUAGUUGAUUCAAGAACUUGUAAAGAAACAGGUGGUAAACAAAAGGAAGGAGAUGUACGACCUAAAUCCUCUAGCUUAAUCCAUCGAACAGCCUCUGUUCAUAAAUCGAGCAGGAGACGGACAGGAAAAAAGCGGGCUAGUAGUUUUGACUCAAGCCGGCAUAGGGAAUACAUUUCCUUUCGAGGCGUGUCUGGAACCAAACCCCAAAGUGCUGUAUUUUGUCAUGACGAGGACUCCAGUGAUCAGAGUGACUUGAGCAGGACCUCAAGCAUGCAGUCAGCUCACCAGUUCAGCAGUGAUAGCUCUUCCAGCACCACUUCCCAUUCAUGUCAGUCUCCUGAGGGAAAGUACAAUGCUCUAAAGACCAAAUACAUUAAAGAAAGAGGAGGCGCAGACUCGAACACCCACAAAGCCCAUUUAGGCUCUGAAGGAAUUAGCAAAAAACGUUCAACACGUCGAACUUCUAGUACUAACAGUGUGAAAAGUCGUGCCAGAGUAUUAAGUCUGGACAGUGGUACUGUAGCCUGUUUAAAUAACCCAAAUAGCUUAAUGGCACCAGGUAACAUAAAACAAUUAACCACUUCAAAAUCAGAUUUGGAGGCCAAAGAGGGAGAGGUGCUAGAUGAGCUAUCUCUGUUGGGAAGGGCUUCACAUUUAGAGUCAGUCACUCGUUCUAGGAAUAGCUUACCAAGCCAGGCUAUGUUUCCCGAAGGGGAAGAGCAAGAAUCAGCAAGUGGAGGAUCUGGACAGAGGAGGCAGGCAGGCAGAGAUUGUCUCAUCCAGAAAUCAGGGAGGGAUGCUGUACAUCCAAAGGCUUCCAUGAAAAACAACUCUCUCCCCUCCCACUCCCCCCAGCAGGCUCUGGGGUGCUCUGGGAUAACAGCACAAGCCAGCGAGGAGACUGUCAUGUUUCACCGUGAACGCCGCACAUUUAGGCGUCAGGCUGUACGGCGCCGGCACAAUGCAGGGAGUAACCCCACCCCUCCCACAUUGCUCAUCGGAUCACCCCUCAGCCUUCAAGAUGGUCAGCAAGACCAGCAAUCCACAACACAGGUCAAAGUCCAGUCCCGCCCCCCUUCCCAGGCAGCUGUACUCAGCGCUAGCGCCUCCUUGCUGGUGAGAAAUGGGAGUGUCCACUUAGAAGCAUCACAUGACAAUGCAUCUGCUGUAGGCGGUAGCAGUUUGCACGAUGAACUUGGUAAGCUUAGUUCUACACUCUUCGAGACGGGAGGCUGUGACAUGUCACUUUUGAACUUUGAGCCAGCUGCAAGAAGAUCAUCCAACAUCUGUGACACGGACUCUCACGUAUCAAGUUCUACCUCAGUUCGCUUUUAUCCACAUGAUCUACUUUCUCUUCCUCAGAUCAGGUUGAACAGGCUGUUAACUAUAGAUACAGAUCUGCUGGAGCACCAAGACAUUGACCUAAGCCCUGACCUUCAGGACCGUAUGCAAUCACAAGAGGAAGCAGCCCAGAAAGUUAAACAAUACUAUCGCUUUUGGAUCCUGCCCAAGCUGUGGAUUGGCAUUAAUUUUGAUAGGCUAACUCUCUUGGCUUUGUUUGAUAGGAACCGUGAGAUCCUUGAAAAUGUGUUAGCUGUCAUCCUAGCUAUUUUAGUUGCUUUCCUGGGUUCUGUACUCCUUAUAGAGGGCUUUUUCAAGGAUAUCUGGGUCUUCCAGUUUUGCCUGGUAAUAGCCAGUUGUCAGUACUCACUACUCAAGAGUGUUCAACCAGAUUCUUCUUCUCCUCGACAUGGUCAUAAUCGUAUCAUAGCCUAUAGUAGGCCUGUUUAUUUCUGUUUGUGUUGCGGUCUUAUAUGGUUGUUGGAUUAUGGCAGCAGAAGUACAUCUACAACAAGGUUCAGGUUGUAUGGAGUGGUUUUCACCAACCCGUUGCUGCUGCUGUCUGCCAGAGACCUAGUUAUAGUAUUUACGCUGUGUUUCCCUAUAGUAUUCUUCAUUGGUCUACUGCCUCAGGUGAAUACAUUUAUGAUGUACCUCUGUGAACAGCUGGAUAUUCAUGUCUUUGGUGGCAAUGCCACUACCAGCCUGCUUGCAGCCCUUUACAGUUUUAUCUGUAGUAUUGUGGCAGUAGCAUUAUUGUAUGGAUUGUGUUAUGGCGCCCUGAAGGAUUCUUGGGAUGGCCAGCAUAUUCCAGUCCUCUUCUCAAUAUUCUGUGGCUUGUUAGUAGCGAUAUCCUAUCAUCUCAGCAGGCAAAGUAGUGACCCUAUUGUACUUUUCUCUUUAGUACAAUCAAAAUUUUUUCCUAAUUCCGAAGACAAAAACCCAGAGGAUCCUCUGUCUGAAGUCAAAGAUCCUUUACCUGAAAAACUUAGAAAUUCAGUGAAUGAACGGUUACAAUCUGACCUGAUAGUGUGCCUUGUCAUUGGUGUACUCUAUUUUGCUAUUCAUGUCAGUACAGUAUUCACAGUUUUGCAGCCCGUCCUUAGCUACAUUUUGUAUGCGUUGGUGGGCUCCGUAGGAUUUUUAACCCAUUAUGUGCUGCCUCAACUCCGAAAGCAGCUUCCUUGGCAUUGUUUCUCUCACUCAUUGCUGAAAACCAAGGAAUAUUAUCAAUUUGAAGUCCGAAAUGCUGCCCACGUAAUGUGGUUUGAGAAACUUCAUGUAUGGCUCCUCUUUGUGGAGAAGAACGUUAUCUAUCCAUUGAUAGUCCUCAAUGAGCUCAGCAGCAGUGCCAAGAACAUUGCUAGUCCAAAGAAACUGGACACAGAGAUUGGCGCUUUAAUGAUCACCAUCGCUGGUUUGAAGUUGUUGCGUUCCUCUUUCAGCAACCCAACCUGCCAGUAUGUCACUGUUAUUUUCACAGUGCUCUUCUUUACAUUUGACUACAAAAAUUUUUCUGAGACCAUGCUGCUAGACCUCUUCUUCAUGUCCAUACUCUUCAGCAAGCUUUGGGAGCUCUUUUAUAAAUUGAGAUUUGUGUAUACUUAUAUUGCUCCUUGGCAGAUCACAUGGGGCUCUGCUUUCCAUGCUUUUGCCCAGCCCUUUGCUGUGCCACAUUCUGCAAUGUUGUUUGUCCAAGUGGCUGUGUCAGCUUUCUUCUCCACCCCACUGAACCCCUUUCUGGGAAGUGCAAUAUUCAUCACUUCAUAUGUCAGACCUGUCAAAUUCUGGGAAAGAGACUACAACACAAAGCGUGUGGACCAUUCAAACACAAGACUCGCUUCCCAACUUGAUAGAAAUCCAGGUUCAGAUGAUAACAACCUGAAUUCAAUUUUCUAUGAGCAUUUAACCCGUUCCCUUCAGCACAGCCUGUGUGGAGACCUGUUGCUGGGUCGGUGGGGGAACUACAGUACUGGGGACUGCUUCAUCCUAGCUUCUGACUACCUCAAUGCACUAGUACACCUUAUAGAGAUAGGAAAUGGGCUGGUCACCUUCCAGCUGAGGGGGCUUGAAUUCAGAGGCACUUAUUGUCAGCAACGAGAAGUAGAGGCCAUCACCGAGGGGGUAGAGGAAGAUGAAGGGUUUUGUUGCUGUGAACCUGGUCACAUCCCACAUAUGCUUUCAUUCAAUGCUACCUUUGGCCAACGCUGGCUGGCAUGGGAAGUGCUUGUGACAAAGUAUGUUCUGGAAGGCUACAGCAUCACAGACAACAGUGCCGCUUCCAUGCUUCAAGUCUUCGAUCUUCGGAAAAUUCUCACCACUUAUUAUGUCAAGGGCAUUAUCUAUUAUGUCACAACCUCCCCCAAGCUGGAGGAGUGGUUAGCUAAUGAGACAAUGCAGGAAGGAUUACAGCCAUGUGCAGACUGCAACUAUGUUGAUGUGGACCCUACAUUUAAUCCAAAUAUUGAUGAGGAUUAUGACCAUCAUCUAGCAGGGGUCUCCAGAGAGAGUUUCUGUGCGACUUACCUCAACUGGAUAGAGUACUGCUGCUCCCGAAGAGAAAAGCCGCUGGAUGCAGAUAAAGACUCCUCCUUGGUGACUCUUUGUUACGGACUCUGUGUUCUGGGGCGGAGAGCUUUGGGGACUGCUUCCCAUCAUAUGUCUAGUAAUUUGGAAUCUUUCCUGUAUGGGCUGCAUGCCCUGUUUAAGGGCGACUUCCGUAUCUCUUCAGUCCGAGAUGAAUGGAUCUUUGCUGACAUGGAAUUGCUGAGGAAAGUGGUGGUUCCUGGAAUACGCAUGUCACUCAAACUACAUCAGGACCACUUCACUUCCCCAGAUGAAUACGAUGAUUCUACUGUCCUCUACGAAGCCAUUGUGUCCCAUGAGCAAAACCUGGUUAUAGCACAUGAAGGGGACCCUGCCUGGAGGAGCGCUGUCCUUUCCAACUCUCCCUCCCUGCUUGCCCUCCGCCAUGUGAUGGAUGAUGGCACUAACGAAUAUAAAAUCAUCAUGCUGAACAAGCGGUAUCUCAGUUUCAGAGUAAUCAAGGUAAAUAAGGAGUGUGUGCGUGGCCUCUGGGCUGGGCAGCAGCAGGAACUUGUCUUCCUGCGUAACCGUAACCCAGAAAGAGGGAGCAUCCAAAAUGCAAAGCAGGCUUUGAGGAAUAUGAUCAAUUCUUCCUGUGACCAGCCCAUUGGAUACCCAAUCUACGUCUCACCUUUGACUACUUCCUAUUCGGAUAGCCAUGAUCAGCUCAAGGAGUUUCUUGGGGGAGCUAUCAGUCUGGGAAAUAUCAGAAACUUCAUAGUGUCCACAUGGCACAGAUUAAGGAAAGGCUGUGGUGCUGGCUGCAACAGUGGUGGAAACAUUGAAGAUUCAGAUGCUGGAGGUGGGGCUUCCUGCACAAGUAAUAGUGCAGCUGCCAAUGAGUCGCAAAGCAGCAUGUCACAAGCAGGAGGGAAUAUAAUUACAGGGCAGGGCCCUGGAGUGGGACUUCACCCUCCUGUCACAUCUCACCCCUCAACAUUAGGCACCAGUCACAGCUCCCACUCUGUGCAGUCAAGCCUUGUCAGACAUUCCCCUGCCCGUGCCUCGGUAGCCAGCCAUUCAUCUUAUUGCUACAGCAGUCGCCAUUCAUCACUUCGCACGUCCACUACAGGCUUUGUGCCUUGCCGACGCUCUUCCACCAGUCAGAUAUCCCUUCGUAACCUCCCAUCCUCCAUCCAGUCCCGCCUAUCCAUGGUGAACCAAAUGGAACCCACUAGCCAGACUGGCGUUGUCACCGUGCAGCAUGGCCUACCCUCUUCCAGCAGCUCCAGCCAAAGCAUCCCAGCCUGUAAACAACAUGCCCUUGUGGGCUUUCUAGGAACAGAAGGAGGGAAUAAUAUAACUGAUGCACAGUCAGGUGGUAAUGCAAGCCCUGCAAACCAUAUGCAAGCCAAAAGGGAUGAAGUUAUUUACAGAAUCCAGAUAAUGGAUCCCAACCAAGUACUGGAAGGGAUCAACAUGUCUAAAAGGAAGGAGCUGCAGUGGCCAGAUGAGGUGAUACGACUAAAAGCUGGAAGAAAUAGCUGGAAAGACUGGAGUCCUCAGGAAGGCAUGGAAGGCCAUGUGAUUCACCGCUGGGUGCCUUGCAGCAGAGAUCCAGGGAGUAGGUCCCACAUAGAUAAAACCAUCCUGCUGGUCCAGAUUGAAGACAAAUAUGUUGCUGUGUUUGAAACUGGAGUCCUAGAACUUGGGGCUGAAGUGUGAGCCACACUGAUAAUUAAACUUCCCCUCUUCCAAGGAUUCAGAAGAGAGGAGGGGUCAGGAGAGGAUGCUCCCAGGGCAUGAAACUUUAGUCCAGUUACAGGACAGGACUUAAAAACAGGGGGCUUAUAGAAGGCCCUUCCCCAAAAUAAAGAAGUGUAAGAGCUGGGUUUUUUAAGUUGUUAGCUGCUGAGGAAACAUUUGCAUGAAGGGUAAAGAUUUGUUGACACAUUGUUUUUGUUUUGAAACUUUGUUUUAUGCAUUGUGUAUUGCUUUAAAUCAACAAACUUCAGUUCUAAAAUAGGAGCGCCUCAUAUUUUUCUGUUGCUUUGCCAUAAAUUGCCAUGUUUUGUCACAGAGCAUCUGGCGUCCAUUCACCUUAUUCAAAGACUAGCAUAUAAACCUUUGGUUCAGCGUAAAGCCGUAUAGAGGUUUGAUGUAUGGCGAGAGACUGAACAGACAUAUAGAUUAUCUUCUUCCUUGUGAGCUAAAAUCUUUAAUGAGAGAACUGCACUAAUUUUUUACAGCAAUGCACUAAAAUAUCUGAGAUUGCUCAGAACAUUUAUUUAUAUAUAAAUAAAAUAUCAUUAUUUAAAUUGCCUUUGGGAUUAACCCCCUCCCUCUCCAUAUGUUGACAGUAAAAGCUGUGCCAGGGAUUGUUUGGUUCAAUAGUCUGUAUUUCCUAUCAGUGCAUUGCAUCCUUUUCAGAAUAAAUGGCAGAAUACCAAAUAUCUAGUAAUGUACCUGAAAAUCCCCAUAACUAUAUCAAAGGCUAUUUUGGUUGUGGUGCAUCAAUCAUCUGUACAACAUAUUCAGCUUUAAAGUGGGUCCCAAUCCACUAAUUUGCAUCCUUUGUCUCCCUUAGAUAGUCCUAACUUCUCUGCUCCUUUACAUGUGGAGCUAACUCAGUUAUACUGACAGCUCUUCUCUGGAAAAGGCACUUGAUUUUUGAGGGAAGUAAAGGUGAAUCUUAGUCCAUGAUCCAUGUCUAUUUUCUGAGACCUUGAAGGUUUUCAGUUUCAAUCCAGUUAAACAACUGAGGGUUUGUUUUUGUUUUUUAAGGAAUUAUAGAGGAGGCACAGCCCUAAACUGUUGUAUCAAUUUUACCAUCUCACUUUUCCUUUCUCUCUAGUCUUCAUUCUUUUCUAUGACUUGAAUUUUAUUUUCAGUGAUUAUAUAUUCUAUGUAACUAUAAUUUGAGUAUUUAUAACUGUGAAGUUCAGUUAUCAUGUGUUACACAUAUCCUAGGUUUUAUCGUGUUUUUUUUUAAGUAUGUUAUUCAGGGAAACAAGUAACUCAAAUUUACGAUGGGGGUGUGAGGAGAAAACUUCAGUUUAGAAUUAAGUUGCAGCUCCUCUGACUUGCUUCUCUUAAUCCAUGAGAAAAAUGUAGAUGAUGUGGUUGUUUCUUGUCUCUGAUCUGGAAUUAUGCUCAGUUCUGCAGAGAACUUCACACAGUCCUAGCUUUUGAGAGCAGCCAUCUUCUCUCCCCUAUCAUUACCUCUUCUUCCUAGGUAGUAUAUAACUGGGGGAGACGUUUAGCAGAUUGCAGGGGAUGUGUUGCAAUUAUUUCUCUGUCAGCACUGAAAUCUGGUCCUUUAUAUACUUAUGUAAGAGUAAAUAUACAAGGGGUAAGGAAAAUGUAGGAAGCAAAUGCCUACUGCAAAGCAUUGUUGAUAUUCUGACUCAAGUUACUAUAUGCUUUUAGCUAUGAAAAAGUAGCCUUUUCUAUGCCUAGUGUCUGGUCAGUUAAUAAUCCUAUUCCUAGUGCACUGCUGUAGGGCUUUGCUUAUGUUGUAUACUAUGCAAAGCUUGUACACUUUAUGUACUGUGCAUUUUACAAUUGCAUAUUACUGUACAGUUUAUACAUAUGCAGUAUUUAAUCUUUGCAUAAAUGCACAGUUCUGAAUCUACCACCUUAGAAAUCAUUUUUCUGUUCCAAACACCUUACCAAAUGUGCACACGAUAAUGUGGUUACAUUUAUCUCCUAGUUAUUGAAAACAUAGUGAAGUAGCUGACUUCACUGGCAGUUUUGUAGCUUUGCUGUCAUGAGUGAAGAAAAUUUCUGUUAGCGUUGAAGCCAUUUUGAAUGAAGGUUUGUACUUUUAUGCCCUUUCUCUGCUGACAAUUACAAGAUCCAUUUCCUGUAUCAGCUGGAAUAUUGUUUCACAAAGACUAAUGAAUGAGCAUCCUCUCUGGGGACAGACCCUAAUUUUGGUAUUCAUACAAGGGUUCUUUACUGUUCUAAUGCCUUGAGAGAAUCAGAUGCUUAAAAAGCAAAGUAAAUACAUAUAUCCCAUUAUAAAAAAAAUCACAACUUGGAUGAAGCACCUCUUUAAAUAUGGUUUUUAUGUGCAAUCUCUGUUACUCUCUUUUGGGCAAGAUAAUGAAUUUCUCCCAGCAACAAGUCCAUUCCUAAUAAUAUGCUGUGCGGAUAUAUAAAAACACUACAGUAACACUUUAUUAUUCCAAGUUAAAUUUAAAGGUAGAGUUUAGAAAAAUCAAGGCAUGUCUUAAACAGUAAAUAUGACUUGCGCAUCUCUUUUAAAUCUUAAGGUUUCCAAUGUGUUGACAUUUGAAGACCGAUUGUAAUGUGGUUAGUUAACAGGUUAAUAGCUUCUGUUGAAAGCUUUAUUAGUAAGUCAGUGUGAAGUCAUUCAGAUAGUUGUAUUUCACCAACACCAAAACUGCUUGUAAAUCCUAAUAAUUUACUAUUAACUAUUUUCAGAUAUGCUCACUAAAAAUCAGCUAAUUGCAAUUUUACCCUUCUAUACGGCUUUUGAAAAUUAGCUUUUUCACCUUCCAAUAUUCCAGUUACUUGGUUAUAACCUUAAAUUAUCUCAAUUAUUUUAUAUUGGAUUGUCUAUUAAUUUGUAUAAAAUUAGUGGGCUUUUGAUUUCGUGAUGGACAAAACCUACCCAAAUUCUUCUAAUUCCAAAUAUGUUAGGUCAGCCCGUGCUCCAGCAAGAUUUAUUUUAAAUUGAUCGCUAUGCUUUCAUUUUUGUGGUGGUGUAAUCGUUAGGAGUUAAUACUGAGGCAUAAGAAUUUUUUAUUUUGGGGGGGCAGUGGAAGCACUGAAUAUUCUCACAUUGUUGUCCUACCAGACUGGAGCGUCAUGGCUGUAGAAUAGAGUUCUUAAACUUUCUCAGUCCAACAUGGAAACUUCAGCCUUGUAGAAAGAUGGUGGCAGGGUUUCACUCCUAUCCUCUGGCAGCAUUGUGUGUUGCUGGUAUUUUGCUGUAUUAACAUUCCAGUUAAGACUAGCUUUGUAGCCUCCAGGAAUAUGGAUCCACAUCUACUUUGUUUCUGUAAGUAGAUUUCUCCAAAGGUGAUAUUUAUAGAUAUAUACAUUAAGGGCUUACUGCUGAGCUAAAAUGAAUAUUUAAGUACAGAAAUACACUGAAUGUCUGUACUAAGCAGAUUCCAGGGGCUUUCAGCAGCAAAAUACAAUUAAAAUUAACUUAAAUUCUUGAAUUCCCCCUCUCCCACACUAGCUACCUGUGAAAUAUUUUGAUACUUUCUGGUUUUGCUAAUGACAUCCCAGAAUGCAUAUGACCACCACUGAUACCUGAAUUUUUAUGCAACUCAUGGUAUCUGUGAUGUCAUGGAGUGAUGGAUUAAUUCUGGGAUCUCUCUUGCAAACCAGGAAGUGCCAGAGGAUUUCACAAUGGGGUUGGGGAAGGAAGGGUUCUAAAAAAGGUAAAUAGUUGAAUGGCCCUAUAUCCUGUUUAGUGGGUCACUUGGCACGUUUCUGACCUUGACUCAAUUUUCAUAUUAGCUCUUUGCAGUUCAUCUCCAGUCCUUCCUCUACCCCAGCCUGCCUUCUGUGAGAUGGUGAUCUUUUAGGGCAGACCCUAAGUGAAUAAUGAACUGAAAAUUCAGAAUAGAUAUGCUCUGGUAUUAGUGCCCUUGGCAGUUUGUGGCAGAUGCGCUAAAAGUUUUGCCUUGGGGAAUAAUAUCCAACUGUGAAUCACUUCACUGAUACCACAUCCAAGAGACUAAAUGACCCAGUGGUGUAGACACAUAACUUAUACUUUUUGAAGGCCUUUAUUAAUAGAGAAUGGACUCUCUCUCCACAAACUGGAGUAGAACAACUUGGAUUUCUUAUAAUAAUCAUUCAAAAUAUAUAAGUAACUCAUACUGGACAUCUAGUUAAACCACCAUAGGUUUUAUGUAGCUAAUUUUAUUAAGGGGAUUUUAUACCUAUUAUAUAGGCUUCAACACUUCUUCUUGUCUGGCAUUACUCAGUACAUGAAAGUCUGAUGUUCACUCAGUGAAGCUAGACAGUGUAAGAAAUUAGUUGUAUUUAUAUGCCUUAAUAAAACAAUGGUUACAUGACACCUUGGUGGGAACUACAGUAUAUUACUUGUUUCACCUCAGUGUUGUAUACGUAUAUUUCCAAGAAAAAUUAUGUAAGAUGGCUGCUCCAAAAGACUUCAGGAGUAUAUGUACAUCACUCAGUCACAAACAUUUGAAUACAGGCAAUCAAAUAAUUUCUGGUGUACAGUUUGAAUAUAUAACCUCUGGUAAAUUCAGUCAUCCCGUGACUUUGAUAGACAGACAUCACAGAGCUGAAUGUUAAUUUGUUCCAUAAGACCCUAAGUACGCCUGACAAUGAGCUGCUGAUUAGAAAAUUGAGGGAGGAGGGGAAUAAAACAUAGAUGGGGAGAAUGGGUUGAGUUUUGAAUGGGCUAUGAAAAAUACACAUUGCCUCUACCAGCAUAUGGAUAUCUUGCCAGGGAUAGGGAUAUGUGUACUUGCGUGUGUCUGUAAGCGUGUAUGUGUCUGCGUGUGUGUUAUUGAAAACCGCCUGUAAAUAUUGUAGUUGUUUAAAAUGGAAAAAGCAGAGAUUUUUUUGCAAUGUGUUGUAUCAAAAAGGACAGUAUUGACAGUGAAGAAACACUGAGAAAUAAAAUUUUCUUUUUUCA